AGCGGGGCGGGAAACACGUGACUUGUUCCCGCUUAAACUCGUUCUAAACCCGAAGUGCCGCUAAGCCCGUGACAGAGCAACAACAGCUCCUGAACUUGUUUGAUCUGCAAUGUUGUCGUAGAUAAUGCGACCCAAGCCAAGUGCGGGAAUCGAAAGCAAAGAGGAUGAUUCGGGGUGGGGGUGGUAAACGUCGUAAGUCGAGGACUGUCCGUGUAAAUCGAGUGCGUCUCUGAAUAAAUCGUUAAAUUAAACCUAAGAAAGAGCAAGGAACGUUACUCCAGAUUUUAUAUUUAUUCAUUUAGCUGACGGACGCUUUUCUCCAAGCGACUUAGUUACUUAGUCUUACAGUAUGAAAAUGACAAUUAUUAUUUACCAGUUGGCUAAUUUCACUAGAGCAAAUUAAGGAGAGGAACAGAUCGAACGAACGUAGGAGCUUCGGAUCCAAAGACAGCAGCGCUAACCACUACGCGAGCAGCUAUCAUAUAUUAUAUUACGUUCAACUGCGUUAAUGGAGGACGAGCAUCAUGAUUCAGCGCUUCAGCCGCUUUACCUCCCAGGGGCUGAAGCCGCAGUUCGAGCGAUGACCGAGGGCGUCUUUCUUCCGCUCUGAGCUCGAUUAGUCAGACCUGAGCGGGGAGGGAGCGCGCGGCGCCAGUCGCCGCCACUAAGUAAGCGGCCAUGUAGUCGGGGGCUGAGAAAGAAGUUGUUGCGCAACAUCGAGGCGCCGCACUUGCGGCCGAAUGAGCGAGUCCUGAUUGCGCCGAAGCGCAGAGGAAGCGAAGCUGCGCUGGUUUUGAGAUCUCGCUCGAAUAAAGGAGGACGACGUAGUGCGGCGAAGGAGAACAGAACCGCUCGUUUGAGCGGCGGAUAAAGUCACAAAGUGUUAGUCUCGUUUCCUUCACCUUGGUGAAAAAUGGAGUGAACGGUAGAAAGAAAAGGGCCCGGAGCGGAGGGUCCGGAGCGUCGAGCUGUAACUUAGUAGCGCUGCGGCGGCUGCGACGGUGGUGCCGCCGCCGUCCGGCUCGAAGUUGCGCCUCACUGUGUGUAAGUGAGUGAGUGAGUGAGUGUUUCGCGGGCAAGUCUCUCGAGCGGCCGCGCGCCUCCUCGCCGUAGCCGUGAACUUUUUUGCGACGGACGAGGACGAAAGAAGAUGAUGGCCGCGGAGGGCGGCAGCGAUGUGAGCCGCUCGCUUUUACUAGUAAAAGCUCCGGCGGCGAUCGGGGUUGCGAGCGCCGGAGGCCCCGCCGGACCGGCGGCGGCGGCAGCAGCAGCGGCUCGCUUUUCGCUCCACCGCGCCGCUGCUGCCGCCGCCGGUCCCUCGGAGCGCCUCUUCUUGGGCUCCGCCUCGUCCGUGAGCGGGAGCGCCGCUCUCCCGGGCCGCGGCUGUCCCGUCCCCCUCUGCGGCCCCGCGCCGCCGGACGAUCCGAGCAGCAGCAGCCGCACGUCGCCGAGCCCCGGCCGGCAGAGCCCGAAUGAGCCGCCGCCGCCGCCAGAGCCGCUGCCGCUGCCGGCGUCGCCUCCGCCUCCGGGCGGCUCUGUGGACGAGGGCGACGCCUUGGAGUCGUUGGACGGGCCGGAGUACGAGGAGGAGGAGGUGCUGUUCCCGCUGACGGCGCCCCCCGCCAACCAGUGGUAUCAUGGGAAAUUGGACCGGACCAUGGCAGAGGAGCGCCUCCGGCAGGCCAGGACGCCGGGCAGCUACCUCAUCCGGGAGAGCGAUCGCCGCCCGGGCUCCUUUGUGCUCUCCUUUCUGAGCAUAAGCGGAGCCGUCAACCAUUUCAGGAUCAUCGCCAUGUGUGGCGAUUACUACAUCGGCGGGCGCCGCUUCACCUCCCUGUCAGACCUGAUUGGUUAUUACAGCUACGUGUCCUGUUUGCUCAAAGAAGAAAAGCUAUUGUUCCCGGUCGCACCCCCUGAGCCUGUGGAGGACCGGCGCAGAGUGCGGGCCAUCCUUCCGUAUACCAAAGUGCCGGAGACGGACGAGAUCAGUUUCCUCAAGGGGGACAUGUUUAUCGUGCACAACGAGCUGGAAGACGGAUGGAUGUGGGUGACAAACCUUCGCACCGAGGAGCAGGGCCUUAUUGUGGUGGACCUGGUGAAAGCAGUGGGUAGAGAGGAAGACCCGCAUGAGGGCAAAGUGUGGUAUCACAGCAAGAUUACCAAACAGGAGGCACACAACCUGCUGAUGACAGUCGGCCGGGUGUGCAGUUUCCUGGCGAGGCCGUCGGACAGCACCCCGGGGGACUACUCGCUCUUCUUCCGCACCAGUGAAAACAUACGGAGGUUUAAGAUCUGCCCGACUCCCAGCAACCAGUUCAUAAUGGGGGGAAGGUACUACAACAGCAUCGAUGACAUCAUUGACCAUUACAAGAAAGAACAGAUUGUGAAGGGAUACACCUUGAAGGAUCCUGUGUCUGUACAGCACCAAGACCAGAUGUUUCCAGAUGUUUUACACGACAAAGAAAUUUAUGACACGAUCCGGCGAAAGACAAAAGAUGCCUUUUACAAAAAUAUUGUGAAGAAGGGCUAUCUGCAGUUCCUUAAAGGCAAAGGGAAGCGGUGGAAGACCCUGUACUUCAUCUUGGAGGGAAAUGACUCGCAUCUCAUCUACUUCGAAAGUGAGAAGCGGGCGACGAAACCCAAAGGCUUGAUUGACCUGAGCGUGUGCUCAGUGUAUGGCGUCCACGACAGCAUGUUCGACAGGCCAAACUGUUUCCAGAUUGUAGUUCAGCACUUUAGCGAAGAACAAAACAUCUUCUACUUUGCAGGUGAAACUCCUGAACAAGCCCAGGACUGGAUGAAAAGUUUACAAACGUUCUGCAGUAAUCUAAGAAAACCAACACAGACGUCCUCCAACAAGAUGCGCCUUCGACAGGUCAGCAGUCUCAUUCUUAACGUGGAAGAGGCCCACAAACUGCCAGUCAAACAUUUCACAAACCCCUACUGCAACAUCUACCUGAACAGUGUGCAGGUGGCGAAGACGCACCUUAGAGAAGGACAGAAUCCCGUGUGGACGGAAGAGUUUGUCUUUGACGACUUGUCAAGUGAAAUAAACCGCUUUGAAAUCAGUUUGAGCAACAAGACAAAAAAGAGCAAAGAAAACGAUAUCCUGUUCAUGUGCUGCCAGCUGAGCCGACUGCAGCGAGGUCAGAUGAGUGACGAGUGGUUCCCCCUCAGCUCCCACGUGCCUCUCAAGGGCAUUGAGCCAGGCUCGCUGCGUGUGCGGGCCCGUUACUCCAUGGAGAAGAUCAUGCCGGAGGAGGAGUACAGCGAGUUCAAGGAGCUAAUCCUACAGAAAGACUUCCAUGUGAUCUUUGCCCUGGCCCACGUAUGUGGACAGGACCGUACCCUGCUGGCCAGCAUUCUGCUGAGAAUAUUUCGGCACAUGAAGAUGGAGGCGCUUCUGCUAAGGGCUUUGAACGACCGGGAGAUAAGCAUGGAAGAUGAGGCCACGACCCUGUUCCGUGCCACCACCCUGGCAAGUACGCUCAUGGAGCAGUACAUGAAGGCCACGGCCACUCCGUUCGUCCUGCAUGUGCUCAAAGACACGAUACUGAAGAUCAUGGAGUGCAAGCAGUCCUGUGAGUUGAAUCCAUCCAAGCUGGAAAAGAAUGAAGACGUGAACUUGAAUCAGGCCCAUCUCCUGAACAUUUUGUCGGAACUGGUGGAAAAGAUAUUCUCUGCUGCUGACAUUCUACCACGAACUCUGAGAUUCAUUUAUGGAUGCUUACAAAGAUCUGUCCAGAAAAAAUGGCCUCAGAAUACUACUAUGAGAACAAGAGUGGUGAGUGGUUUUGUGUUCCUACGACUGAUCUGCCCGGCGAUUCUCAACCCACGAAUGUUCAAUAUAAUCACAGAUCCUCCUUCUCCUACAGCGGCACGGACGCUGACUCUGGUAGCCAAGUCUGUCCAAAAUUUGGCGAACCUUGUCGAGUUCGGUGCCAAGGAGCCCUACAUGGAAGGGGUGAACCCGUUCAUCAAGAAUAACAAGCAUCAGAUGAUCAUGUUUCUGGAUAAGCUUGGUAAUGUCUGUGACCUCCCAGACACCACAGAGCACUUUAGGAUAGAUCUUUCCCGGGAUCUUGCUGCCCUGCAUGAGAUCUGCGUGAGUCACUCGGAUGAGCUUCGCACCCUCAGCAAUGAGCGUGGCCCGCAACAGCACGUCUUGAAAAAACUCUUGGCGAUCACAGAGCUCCUUCAGCAGAAACAGGAUCACUAUUCCAACACUAUGUCCUGCAGCAACAGGUAGUAGCCUUCAUGCUGAGUCACAGACCAGAGCCUGGCACAGCCACCUUGACCUUGGCACCUCAAGUCCCACCUCAUUCUCCACCCUCAUUCCUAGCGAGUACAGCUUGGAAACGUUCACUCUGCCUUGUGACCUGUGACAAAACACACCUGGGGAACCUCAGGAUCUUGGAAAUCACCUCUUCAUACACUCGCCGUUUUUGGCUGUAAUUAAAAAAAAUUCUUCUUCCUAACUAUCGUUUAUUCAUCUGCGUCUUUGGUACAUAUUUGACUAUCAGAACUUUUUCCUCUUUUCAAAUAAAAAAAAAAAAAAAUUAUUGCACCUUAAAUGACUCGGUUGUUUAAAACACAAAUUUCCAAAGUGAUUGCCUUUUUCUGAAUGUUUGGGAAGCUCAAAGACAACUAUAGACUUCUCCUUAUGAGUGCGUUGUGGGCUAUAAUGCUAUUUUUACUUUAAUCUGUAGUCAUUUUUACUUUUUGAGUCAGUGAUCAUUUCCACAAAUUCGCUUAUGCUGAAACCAGUUUAGCUGUAUCUAGUAUUAUGUUCAUAACUUCAGUGUUCAGGAAAAAAAUUGCUUUAUUGGAACAUUACUUCUCUUGCUGGAAUCACAAGUUUUAAUACA